AUGGAGGUUGAGCUAUUUGAUGUGUGGGGCACCGACUUUAUGGGCCCAUUUGUGAGUUCGCGUAGUAUGCGAUACAUCCUUGUUACAGUUUACUACGUGUCCAAGUGGGUCGAAGCUGUAGCAUUAUCCAACAAUGACGGCAAGAGUGUCACAAAUUUUCUCAAAAGGAACAUAUUCACAAGGUUUGGCACUCCUUGGGCAAUCAUUAGUGGUGGUGGCACUCACUUUUGCAACAAACAAUUUGCUAAUCUCAUGGAGAAACAUGGAGUGAAGCAUAGGGUGGAAACUCCUUACCAUCCCCAAACUAGUGGAUAUGCCUCCAAAGAAUCAGUCAAGCGGGGUGGUGGUCCCAGAAAAGGACGAGGGCGGGGACAAACAACCCUUACUCUUAGAGAUAAACCCUCCAAUUCUGAACGUCAAGCGGUGGUCCCAAUGACUAGAAUGAGGGCACAGGCCACCGCUCCCCGUGCAGCAUCACCUGCCCCACACUCCUCCCAGUCUGAAGAGGGGGCUUCAUCCUCCACAUCCGCUAGUGCUAGCGAGGCAGCAACAGAGCAACCAGUCGCCCCUCAGCGAAAUUCAGAUGAGCAACAAGAGCGGCUGCUGCUGCAAAAGAGGGAGGUAGCUGCAAUUCGAUUCCCUCAUGAGGGGUGCCGAAAAUAUUACAUAAAGGGGGCGACUACAGUCAGCGGGGGUAAUCCGAGGGGGAAUAUUCAAGAAGAAGAACAAAUUAGUAUGAGCAGAUUAGAGAGUUACCCUCGGAUUACUGAUCUCAUCCAACACUGUCAUCUUGAGGCAUUCACACUGCCUCCAGGGAAUUGUUGCCCGACCAUGCCAGCUAACUUAGCCCUAAGCCACUCGUAG